CCCCCCUGUCUGAGCCCCGGAGUGACCUUGUUGCUGUUUUCUUGCCCGGUUUCCUCCCAGAGGGGAGCGCAGGGGCUGCAGCUCGCCCCUCUCCUUCCUCAUCCCCUGCUACCGGCACUGCGCUCCCUGGGGCUGGGAGUGGGAACAGACCCCGUACCCACAGGGCAACGCCGUGCUGUGCCAUGCCGUGCCACACUGUGCCAUGCCGGGCUGCGGCUGCAUGUGACCAGGAGCGCUGGCGUGCAUGGUCAGACACGAGACCCGUGGUGGGUCAGUGCCCGGAGCCACAGGAGGGAAGUGGGCCAGGAGAAGCAAAAAGAGGAACAAGCUGGCAUGCAAAGCCAUGCUAGCAUGUAGCCCCAAGUGUCUCCAAGUGUUAGCUCUGCUUCCCAGCCCAGACCCAUGCUCGGUUCCUCCAGGAGGCCCACAUGAACAGUGCUGCGUCCAGGCAAGGAGGUGACAGGAGAUGCAUGUCUGCCUGCUCUGAUCUGGAGCUGCUUUGGGCUGUGGUGGGGCGGGCUCACCGGGAGCUGAUCACUUGCCACAGAGAUGCUCCAGCACCUGCAGACAGCACAAGCAGCACCAGCUCCUGCUCCCAGCUCUGUAAUGCUUCUCUUCCCCACAGGGUCCGUGGAUCCCCGCUUGGCACCCACCUGCCGUGCAGGAUGGGUGCUGCAGUGCCAGCAGCUGCCUGCAUCCUGCUGGUUCUGCUGCCCGUGGGCCGUGCCCAGAGCACCCCUCCAUCAGGAUGCAGCCAGGACCUCUCCUCGCUCUAUUACAACCUCUGUGACCUGUCAGCAGCAUGGGGCAUCGUGCUGGAGGCCGCGGCCAGCCUGGGUGCCGUGACCAGCUUCGUGCUCACCAUCGUGCUGGUGGCCAGCCUGCCCUUUGUGGAGGACUCCCAGAAGAAAAGCCUGGUGGCCACGCAGACCUUCUUCUUGCUGGGCACCUUCGGGCUCUUCUGCCUGACGUUUGACUUCAUCGUGGGGCCAGAUUUCUCCACCUGCACCUCUCGCCGCUUUCUCUUCGGUGUCCUCUUCGCACUCUGCUUCUCCUGCCUGCUGGCACACGCCGUGGCCCUCAACUUCUUGGCGCGGAGGAACCGUGGCCCACGAGGCUGGGUGACGCUGGCGAUAGCUCUGCUCCUGGCACUGGUGGAGGUCAUCAUCAACACCGAGUGGCUCAUCAUCACGGUGGCCCGGCAGGAGGGCGGAUCCACGGACCCCUGCGGGCUGACGGAAGCUGAUUUCGUCAUGGCGCUCAUCUAUGUCAUGGUGCUGCUGGUGGCUGCCUUCGGCACCGCCUGGCCAACCCUGUGCGGCCGCUACACGCGCUGGAGGAAGCACGGCGUCUUCAUCUUGGCCACCUCCGGCCUCUCCAUGGCCAUUUGGGUGGCAUGGACGGCCAUGUACCUCUAUGGAAACCAACACGUGGGCAAGAAGCCCGGUUGGGAUGACCCCACGUUGGCCAUCGCUUUGGUGUCUAACGCCUACGCCUUCAUCCUCCUCUACGUCAUCCCCGAGGUGACGCACGUGACGCGGCGCAGCUCUGAGCAAGGCUACGAGGACGACGUGUACCCCACGCGUGGGGUGGGCUACGAGACCAUCCUGAAGGAGCAGAAGUCGCAGAGCAUGUUUGUAGAAAACAAAGCCUUCUCCAUGGAUGAGCCUUCCUUCGCCAAGAAGCCGGUGUCCCCGUAUAGCGGCUACAAUGGGCAGCUGCUGACCAGCGUCUACCAGCCCACAGAGAUGGCUCUGAUGCACAAGGGGACGAGUGAAGGUCCUUAUGAUGUGAUCCUGCCCCGUGCCACCGCCGCCAGCAGUGCCAGCUCCACACUGCGAGCCGAGGAUGCUUUCGCCGUGCAGGCCCGACACGCUGCAGCACAGCGAGAUGCUCGGGGCAGCCAGGUGCUGUCCCCAUACAGCAGGAACCGGUGGUGAAGCCCAGGUCCUACAGCACUGGCGCAGCCGUGACCCUACUAUGCCUCCCUGCCUGGUGCAUCUGACCCUGUUGGAGCCAGUUCCUGAGCUGGGAACAUCUGGAUGCAGCCCCGCAGCCUGCACCAUGCUGCCUGGCUGUGGCACUGCAGGCUGCCUGCUCUGCCCAGCUCCCCACUGCCACCCCAUGCUGUCCCGACACUGCCUUCACCAUGCACGGACACCAGUCCCCUGUGGACUGGGGAUGUUUUGCUGCUGGACAGCCAGCAGCGUGGGGGUGCCUGCCCAGGGCUGCACCUCAUGAACCUCACCAAUUGCUGUGCCCAGACCAGGGCACUGCACCCCAAGCCAUCCCCAGUUCUCUGAACCCUCCUGCUGUGCCUCGCUCCCCCUGUCACUGGGGGACAUGGGGGUGCUCUGGGUUUCACCUCCCAGUGGCCUCUCCCCGCGGCUCUGACUGCCUGAUCUGUGCCUUGUCCCAGUCUCCAUGCCAGGGCUUGAGGAUCACAUUCAGGGCACUGGGAUGGAGCUGAGCCCCCUCCUUCCUCUGUUCCUCUCCCCUUUUUAAGGUCAGACCCAAUAAAGGUGAGUUUUCCUA